UACAGCCUACCAGGAGAUAACUACCCACUUAGAGUAGCACUAUGGGGUGCUCAUGUAGAAGCUCAAUUCCAUUUACCUUUAGGAGUAGGAACAGAACACACGAGGUUGCUGGUGGGUUGUCUUUUGUGUGCCUUUCCUUAAAUACUCUCCAAGUUUGUAUAGCUUCGAUUCGUGCUUUAGACUAUCAAGAGAGUUACAUUCUUUGCUGAAACCCUGGAGUGAGAGAAGGGGCCAACAAUAAUUAACCGCGUCCGGGGGUCUGAGUCUCCUUUGAUGGAGAAACCGCAAAGGUUCUAAGCAAAACUCAACUGUCAUUGUUCUUACUUUUUACAGGUUCCAGAUUAUUUCAGGUUCUUUUCCAAAGAAUACAAACAUAGUAUAGGUCUGUAUUCUACAAGGCCUUUGGUACAAGUUGAAUUCUACAUGAAUGAAAACACAUUUAAAGAGAGAUUAAAGCUAUUUUUCAUUAAAAACCAGAGAUCAAGUCUAAGAAUACGUCUGUUCAAUUUUUCUCUCAAAUUAUUAAGCUGCUUAUUAUACAUAAUCCGAGUGCUACUAGAAAGCCCUUCACAAGGAAAUGAAUGGUCUCAUAUCUUUUGGGUGAAUAGAAGUCUCCCUCUUUGGGGAUUGCAGGUCUCGGUGGCCUUGAUCAGUCUGUUUGAAACAAUUCUGCUUGGCUAUCUCAGUUAUAAGGGAAAUAUCUGGGAACAGAUUUUACGAAUUCCAUUUAUCUUGGAGAUAAUCAACGCGGUUCCUUUCAUUAUCUCAAUAUUCUGGCCUUCCUUAAGGAAUCUAUUUGUUCCAGUAUUUCUAAAUUGUUGGCUUGCAAAACAUGCCUUGGAAAAUAUGAUUAAUGAUCUACACAGAGCCAUCCAGCGUACUCAGUCUGCUAUGUUCAACCAAGUUUUGAUUUUGAUAUCUACAUUACUCUGCCUCAUCUUCACCUGCAUUUGUGGAAUCCAGCAUCUGGAGCGAAUAGGAAAGAAGCUGAAUCUCUUUGACUCCCUCUACUUCUGCAUUGUGACAUUUUCUACUGUGGGCUUUGGGGAUGUCACUCCGGAGACGUGGCCCUCCAAGCUUUUCGUUGUUGCUAUGAUCUGUGUUGCGCUGGUGGUUUUACCCAUACAGUUUGAACAGCUGGCCUACUUGUGGAUGGAAAGACAAAAGUCAGGAGGCAACUACAGCCGCCACAGGGCCCAGACUGAAAAGCAUGUUGUGCUGUGCGUCAGCUCCCUGAAGAUCGACUUACUGAUGGAUUUCUUAAAUGAAUUCUAUGCACAUCCAAGACUGCAGGAUUAUUACGUGGUGAUUUUAUGCCCUACUGAGAUGGACGUGCAAGUUCGAAGGGUCCUGCAGAUUCCCAUGUGGUCCCAGAGGGUGAUCUACCUUCAAGGUUCAGCACUGAAAGAUCAGGAUCUACUGAGAGCCAAGAUGGACGAUGCGGAGGCCUGCUUCAUUCUGAGCAGCCGAUGUGAAGUAGACAGGACCUCCUCUGAUCACCAGACCAUUCUGAGAGCAUGGGCUGUGAAGGAUUUUGCUCCAAACUGCCCUUUGUAUGUCCAGAUAUUAAAGCCUGAAAAUAAAUUUCAUAUCAAAUUUGCCGAUCAUGUUGUUUGUGAAGAAGAGUUUAAGUACGCCAUGUUAGCUUUAAACUGUGUAUGCCCAGCCACGUCUACUCUUAUUACACUACUGGUUCAUACCUCUAGAGGGCAGGAAGGCCAGCAGUCACCAGAGCAGUGGCAGAAGAUGUAUGGGCGGUGCUCCGGGAACGAGGUCUACCACAUCGUGUUGGAAGAAAGCACGUUUUUUGCGGAGUACGAAGGGAAGAGUUUUACGUACGCCUCCUUCCACGCGCACAAAAAGUUUGGCGUCUGCUUGAUUGGAGUUAGGAGGGAGGACAACAAAAACAUUUUGCUAAAUCCGGGUCCCCGAUACAUUAUGAAUGCCACAGACAUAUGCUUCUACAUUAAUAUUACCAAAGAAGAGAAUUCGGCCUUUAAGAACCAGGACCAGCAGCGAAAGAGCAACCUCCCGCGGUCGUUUUACCACGGCCCCUCCCGCCUCCCUGUGCAUAGCAUCAUCGCCAGCAUGGGUACUGUGGCUAUAGAUUUGCAAGACACGAGCUGCAGAUCAUCGAGUGGGCCUACCCUGUCUCUCCCUGUAGAAGGAAGUAAGGAGCUGAGAAGACCUAGCAUCGCUCCCGUGUUAGAGGUGGCAGAUACAUCAUCCAUCCAAACUUGUGAUCUCCUAAGCGACCAAUCAGAGGAUGAAACUACUCCAGAUGAAGAGAUGUCUUCAAACCUGGAGUAUGCUAAAGGUUACCCACCUUACUCCCCAUACAUAGGAAGUUCACCCACCUUCUGUCACCUCCUUCAUGAAAAAGUGCCAUUUUGCUGCUUAAGACUAGACAAGAGUUGCCAGCAUAACUACUACGAGGAUGCAAAAGCCUAUGGAUUUAAAAAUAAGCUAAUUAUAGUUGCUGCUGAAACAGCUGGAAAUGGAUUGUAUAAUUUUAUUGUACCUCUCAGGGCAUAUUAUAGACCAAAGAAAGAACUUAAUCCCAUAGUACUGCUAUUGGAUAACCCCCUAGAUGACUUGCUCAGGUGCGGAGUCAGCUUUGCGGCCAACAUGGUGGUGGUGGACAAGGAGAGUACCAUGAGUGCCGAAGAAGACUACAUGGCGGACGCCAAGACCAUCGUGAAUGUGCAGACCCUUUUCAGGUUGUUUUCUAGUCUCAGUAUCAUCACUGAGCUUACUCACCCGGCCAACAUGAGAUUCAUGCAAUUCAGAGCCAAAGACUGUUAUUCCCUUGCUCUCUCAAAACUGGAAAAGAAAGAGCGAGAAAGAGGGUCGAACUUGGCCUUUAUGUUUCGCCUGCCUUUUGCUGCUGGAAGAGUGUUCAGCAUCAGUAUGUUGGAUACCCUUCUUUACCAGUCGUUUGUGAAGGAUUACAUGAUUUCUAUCACCAGACUUCUGCUGGGGCUGGACACUAUUCCUGGAUCCGGCUUUCUUUGUUCUAUGAGGAUCACGGAAGAGGACUUGUGGAUCAGGACCUACGCUAGGCUCUACCAGAAGCUGUGCUCCUCCACCGGCGAUGUUCCCAUCGGCAUCUACCGGACUGAGUCUCAGAAACUCACUGCGUCUGAGUCUCGAGAAAUAGCAUCACAAUCUCAAAUCUCCAUCAACGUGGAAGAGUGGGAAGACACAAAAGACUGCAAAGACCCCGGGCACCACCGCAGCCUUCACCGCAACUCCACGUCCAGCGACCAGUCCGACCACCCCUUGCUGCGCCGGAAGAGCAUGCAGUGGGCCCGAAGGCUGAGCAGGAAAGGUCCAAAGCACUCCGGCAAAACAGCGGAAAAAAUAACCCAGCAGCGCCUGAACCUCUACAGGAGGUCAGAAAGACAAGAGCUUGCUGAGCUCGUGAGAAAUAGAAUGAAACACUUGGGUCUGUCUACAGUGGGAUAUGAUGAAAUGAAUGAUCAUCAGAGCACCCUCUCUUACAUCCUGAUCAACCCAUCCCCAGACACCAGACUCGAGCUCAAUGAUGUUGUAUACUUAAUUCGGCCAGAUCCUCUGUCCUACCUACCAAACAGUGAAGCCAGUCGGAAAAACAGUGUGUGCAAUGCUGGGGGCCCUGACUCUCGCGAGGAAACCCAACUUUGAUAACAAGAAAAUAAGAGACAUUUAUUUUUCUUAGAAGAACCUAGUUUGAACUAUCAAAGUAUUGCUGGCAUUGAAAGCAAACAGAUUGGAAUAUAUUCAAUUCUCUCAUAUUUGAAAAAACUAAAUUUCUUCAAAGUAUGACUCAUUUUGAAACAAUGUAUUGCUUAUUGAUAUUUCCCUUAUUAAUAUUAAAAAAUUUAGGUGAUGAGUCUCAAACCUGAAAAGAAAACAUAAACUUUUGAAUAUGAUAUUUAACUGAGAAAAAUCUGAAUGGCACAAAGCCAGUUAAAAAUACUGGUUAAAUUUUUAUGGAAGUGAACUAAAAAAUUCUAUUUGGUGUGUACAUUGCAAUGUGCAUCAAAAGUUGUUGCUCCUCUUAAAAAUCUAAUGUGUCAUAUUAUAUUCUCUAACUGUGACAUUUUAUAAAACUGAGCUCACCCUGACCGUCUCCUCUACAUAGCAAUUAACUAACACACCUUGAAGCUAACUUUUGUGGAAGAAUAAUAGUUUGCUUUAGAAUACAGGUUUUUAGUCAGUCCUUUUUGUCUGUCCUUUCAUACAACAUCAUGUUCAUUUCACAAUUUGAGACUUGAUAGCAUGCUUAGCUACACAGACGAAACUAAAACAUUAUCAGGAAGAGACCUUAAGUACCUUGAACUAUUCAGUAACUUGACAUCUACACAUUUUAUGCCAAGAGAAAUAUAUUCAAAAGGAAAUAUGUAUUGUUCUCUUUUAGAAAAUGCCUAUCGUAGAGAAAAUAAAAUGCUUGUUCAUUUUAACUCAAGAAUUAAAACAUUAGCUGGAUUUCUGAAUUAUGCAGGAAUGGUUUUCAUGAGAUUCUGGAGCUUUAAUACUUUCCAUGUCUCCAUGGAGUGAAUUUAAUUAAAAGUUAUAGAAGAUUAAAAGAUCAUUAAUACUUUUAGGGACUACCAAGACACUUUAAGCCCUUAUGAAAUAACACUCAACUAUAUUCUGUGAGAAAUCCUGAUUUAAUUUCCAAGUAUCUAUAUUUUAGCAUUGUGAAGCAAAAGCAUUAAAGUGAGGAAUCCUUGUCCUUUGUAUUUAACACGAAUCUUUCAUAAUUUAAUAAUUAUAAAUUUAACCUUGAAUUGUCCCUUGAUGAUACUCCUAUUGUGAUAUUAAUCUGCAUUGUUUCCUUUCCAAUAUUAUAUGAAGACAAGCACAUGAAGAUGGCCAGGUGGACAAGUAUGUUCAUGUAUUCAUCAAGGAGAGACAUUGGUCAAUUUUGUAAUAGUUCUUCAUUCUUGAACUUGACAUAGACUUUCACUCUAACAAAAUUAGGACCUAUAAUAAAAGGAAAGAUCACUUCAUCCUUUUUUUUCUAAAUAAAGCAGAUGAUUUAUAAUCAUAAUAGAAUGGAUAGAAAACCUUAUUUUGUCUCAAUAAUUAUACAGAAACAAGUAAAAUACAAAAAGGCAAAGCCAAAGUUUCUAAAUGGUGUUUAAUUUGGCUUGCAGAAUAUGUAACCGUCUCUUCUUUCUGAGUAGUUUACAUUACCCAUGUUUUAGGAUGACAAGAAAGCCAAGAUUUUGCCCUCGAACAGAGAGAGGCUCUCUUUAAUCUUCAGAGCAGUAUGAUUACAAGUUAUUUAAAAUCAGGAGCAUGCCUUAAAAUAUGAUGAUUGUAUGCAUUUAUGUGUGUCUAUGUUAUAAACAUAAAAUAUGUUUGACUGAAGCACCUCUCAGAGGUUGUUAAAAUUGAGUACAACAUGCACCUUGGAACUGAGAAAAUAAUGGAGUUGGGGAACUUGCUUCAUCGCUGCAAUAUCAGUAGUCAAGUAUGAGAUUUCUUUGGGUUGACAUUUUUUACUCCAUUGCAAUUAUUUUUAGGAAAAAAAAUCCAAGAUUUUACAAAUCUUCUAUUUCCCAAUGAGAUCUGAAGUUUAGUAUUUUUGCAUUAUGACAGUUGUUAUGACUGAGAUUUUAAGCUAGGGUAUGAUUAUAUUUCCUAUAAAACUAAAAUUUUUCUUUCAUAAAUUUUAAAGUAAUUAUUUUUGAUUAUGAGUAUUACUCCAAAUUUAAUAUUUGGAAGAGUUCAUAUCAGCUUGCUGUAAUAUUGAUAGUUUAUUAGUCUUUCUGGUUAUUUAAAGAAUAAAAUAUGCUUAUAAAAGACUUUUAACAAACUAUUGCCUUUUUAAAAUAAUUACAUUUGCACAUGAAAAUAAAACAGUCAGUAAUUGUCCUUGUAAUCAUAUGGGAAUUAGCCCUGUUUGUUGUCUAUGUAUAAUUUUGCUACAAGUUACAUUGAAUUGCUUUAAAUUAAUUAAUAAU